AAUUUAGAAACAUUUUGGUAGGAGAUAAAUUUGGUCUACAAAAUGAAAACAUCACGUGACGAUGUGAGAUCGAAACAACUCUGGACCACAGCGGCCGUCGAGUUACUCACUGUGGUACUCUUUUUCUAUCGUUUCCUGGGGUUCUCUGCCGUGCCAGAAUUAUGAAAAAAUCGAUAUUCUUCCAGAGGAAUACAGAUGGAGGGACACAUCGAGCACACGUAUAGCGUUCGAAACUGUGAAGACGGACAGACAGUUACAUUUUUUGGUGAUGGAGAAUUUUGCAUUGGGCUGACACUCGAUGAAAGCAUUGCCUGCGUGAAGCAGACAGCGGGUGGUUCAGCACCGCAGUCCCAGGAUGACAACGACAUAGUGGUGCCCCUUGUCAUGUUGACAGUGUGGCGGACCUCGGGGGUCACCGUGUGUCCGGCCAGUCGAGACCUCAAGUGCAAGCUCAACGGGGAAGACAUCAGCACCGAGGCCAACAUCAUUCCAGGCAACAAGGUGGAGGUCGGGGACAAAGUGCUGGAGUUGGUAGAGGGCUCGGCUCCAAAGCCAGGCCGCCGUCAUUUACCCCCGACCCCUGGGGUGCCCAUCCUGCCCACACCACCGCCCAAACCACAGCGGACCGCAGCCAAAACCGUGGCUCUGUCGGAAGCUGCCUCCAAAGAGUCGGCGAGUCGUGACGCCCUCAGAGAGUGGUGCCUGAUUGAGUUGCCCAACUCUGAGAAUGAGCUCCUGCAGCAAAUCAAAGACCCAGAGCAGUUGGCCAGUCUUGCCUCCAGCUACCUGACCCGGCACAUAAAUCAACACACAGACGUGGUUAUGUCCACCGAACUUACCGACAGGAUCUUCAAAGUGAUGCAGGACCCGGCCUUCUUAGUGCUGAUGUGCCUCCAACUGCUGCGCGCCCUGAGCCACAUACCAGGCAACGUGAUGACCAUGGUGGCCAGCCAGACGACGGCCGCUGUUCUGGGCAGCAUGGCCGUCUACAAGGACGACGAGACGGUGCAGAACAACUGCCUGGACAUUCUUGCCAAGAUGGCCACCUUCAUGCCCAGUGUUCUGGAGAAGCCCCCCAUGAGGGAAUCGAGCAUAGAUCUGGUAGCAAUGGCCAUGAAACUCCACACAAACAACUUGACAGUCAUCCAAGCUGGCAUACGUACCCUGGCCAACUUGGCAGCCACACUGCAUUCCCUGGCAUUUGCUUCCAUGAUUGAUUCCCCUUACCCAGAUCUGCGCACCUACAUCUCACUGGUGAUGAGCGUGCUGGAGUACCUGUACCACAACACGCUUGCCCUGGUGCGGGACGCGCUCGCUGUGUACUGUGCUGAUCUCACAGUCAAGAUGGAUGGCCGCAGGUUUCUCUUUGAAUGUGCCAAGAUGGAUCAGUUAAGGCGUCAGUGCAAAAUCUGGGAAUCUCAGCCUGAUAUGGAACGCCCAGUUGUGAACUUUCACGAUGAGGUUGAGGAUGACGAUGCCUCAACUAGCAUUUGCAAUGGAGCCGAGGAUGCAGAUUCCAAGGAUACAGAUGGCGAGCACGGUGGAAGUUUAGAAAAGGAUUCACUUUAUGAGGAUGAAAAUGGUGGUUCGAAUGGAAUUCUAAAGAAAGCUCGAUCGUUUGAAAAUCUGAAAACACCAGACCGCCGAGUUUCUUUCAUCGAUGAAAAUGAUUUACAAGGACACGAUUCGUUUACAUCGUCAUCGUCUGAGGCGUAUUCACCAACCCCUGGGCAGUUACCAGAUCCUCAUCCUCCAGACAACAGCAACGGGGUGGAGAGCCCUGAUAUACAGAUUUUGUCCCGGAGUUUGAUUUACCCUGCAAAUUUCUCCUCUGUGGACAGCAGCGACGGCGAAAUAAUUCAGCCAGUGAACACGUCAUCAUCAGCGCUAGACAACUCCGUUCCUCCAGCAAAACCCGCUCGCCGACCUAUCGGUGCUAUUCCCGUGUGCAUUAACACACCAUCCGACAGUGAACCUGAGCCAGGGUUCCACUCGCCAGAUGAGACAAAUGGCAACGUAUCUAAUGAAAGUUGUUCUGACGGUCACGAUGGUAGACAUUCUGAAGUGAAAAAUGUGAAUCAAAAUUCGUCGUCUGUUUGUGGGUCAUUCGAUUCUUCAUCACCUGGAUCUUUAUCUGGGUCAUCACAGUCUCCAUGCGUUGAUCUGACUGAUUUCCGUUACUCUGCUGCUGAUGAAAACUUUAUGAGACGACUGAUGAGUAUUCAGGUAACGUGUCACCUAUGCUCGGCUUCUGUGAGAGGUCGUGACCCCCAGGCAUUGAGACUGAUUGACUUGCCCCUGUUUGAGCUCCUGGCCCGCCCUGGCAUCCCACCUGGGGUGCUGCAGUUUGCCCGCAGUCAGUACAAGGAGGAGACAACUCUGAUGGACACGGAUCCCGCCACUGUCAUCAGUGUCAUCGAUGCCGUCAGAUACAAGAUGUUGGCCUUUGACCUUGUCCGUAAGAGCCUGGAGGUGCUGGUCCAGAGUCUCACUUCAAAACUCCACGUGAAGAUGUUUUUCCUGGUGGGAGAAGUACUGGCCAGUGUGGUCAGAGACACACAGCUCUCGCCCAUCGCAGCGGAUGAAGAGUAUGUCUCUGGCCUGGAGAAAGAGCUGGUGUCUGUGACCAGUGCACUCAGUGAACCCUGUGCCAGCGCUGCUGUUGCUGUGAGGGAGACAUUUUGCAGCAUGGUCAAAGGGAGAAUGAGGACGGGCCAGAUUUGAGCUUUUGCAUGUAACGUGUGUGACAUACCUCUCCACCCCCCCCCCUUUUCCCUCUUUCCCUCAUUCUGUUUGUGUGAAUGAUGCUGAGAGUGAGAAUCUGCAAGUGUUGCACCCAUGGUCUACUGCCUCUACAUACUGAUGAAUCACUAGGUUUUGAUAUUCAUGAUGCCACAUAACUUUGCCCUGGGAGGCUGUCACUGGCAACCCAUGAAAGGUUUUCCCAUCGCUAUUUAAAUGAGAAAGUAACUCAUUUCUGUCACCUUGACGACCACUAUACAGCUGCUGUGUCAUAUGUCUUUUGCCUAACUCACACUUUCAGUUCUGAGUUUAUCUGUAAAUAUAAACUGUUGUACAAUAGCAAGUUGUGAACUGUAUUGUCACUUUUGUGGGUUGAUAUAUUCCCUCACUGUGUGAGAGUAGUGUUGUCACAUCACGCAUUUUGUUACUUUUAUGUAUGUUCCCUUAUUCUUUACACUGAACAAAAACAGUGAAGAGAUAACUUUAUUCAUACUCGUAGAAACAUAAUAUAUAGUUAUUUACAGUUACAGUUAUUUUUUUACAGAUAUUUUUAUGCCUAGACACAACUCGGGCAUAUACCUCGGGACAUUUUACAAUUACAAUUGCAAUAAUUUUAAUUGUUGCAUGUCGUGUGUACAAAGACAAAAGAUAAACUUACAGUAGAAAUUGAUUCUGUCUAGGAUGUGGGGCCAACAUGGGGUGGAUACUACACAGAUUUUUUUUUCUGUCUCAGAACUGCAGUUUUAUGCAUUUUGUCUGAUCUGUAAGUUCUUCUCUUUGCAGUGUCGGUCUUAAGUUUUUCUUACAUAUCUUGUUUGAAUUAGGAGUUUCGAAUCAUCUGUUGAUACUUGUAUCUCUUUCCAAGAUGUCAUCACUUUCUGUCAUGAGGUUUGUUGGCCAGUAUAAUUAUGUUACUCUCUGCUGGGUGUGAGUUCAUCCAUUUCACUGCAUGUACUGUAAUGAACAACUGUUUAAAAAGUACAGAUUGUGACAUACGUGGUUGGCGGCUGCUCUGAUAUGGGCUUUUUCUUCAACUUUUGGUUUUCCUAGGCCAUUCCUUGAGAAACGUAAUAAUUGAGUUGACACACUGUUGACUACAACUUUACUCAGUUUAGAUUACACCCUGACUUCACCAAGCAAUUGAGAUGUGCUGUCCUCUGAGGCUGAUUACCCUCCCAGAAGAAGGUGCUCCUCCUGUUCAUUGCCUCUGACUUUUUGUUCUUUCGUAAUCCUAUCUGUUACCGUCAGUACGGAGUCGUUUGGCUUCUUUGUAUAUGGGAGAAAAGAAAAGUGGGAAGACAUGGAAUAAUACCAAGGGGCUAGUCCAGGAUAUGGAAAGUGUUUGUUUGUGGCCUAUGCCUUGAUGCAGUGAUGAUAAUGAUAAAUGGAAGGAAAACAGGUUCUCAAGUUUCUAUCCAAGUACAUGUAGUCCUCUUCAGUCCAUUGUUACCCUUCCUAAUACUUUUGCAAUCUCGCCCAUCAAAACUUGAACCUCUGCACUGGGAAGAAUUAGGUAUCUGGAACAUUACUCUGUUCCCAGCAUAAUGUGUGAUGUAUGUGGAGUGGGAUGUUUUUUUAAUCCUCUUUUGUACAGUGUAUUACAAGAUGUCCAGUGUUAGUCUGAUCUCAAGUCUAUUUAUGUCUUCCACUUGUCCACUAGUCUCUUGUCUUGUGCCCUUUGCUGCAGGUUGUCAGAAAAAUAGCUGACUAAUCAAAAUAUGAUCCUGAGUAGAGCAAAAAAAACCCUCUUUGAGUUAAUAUAUAUUUGUCAGUUGUUGUUUUUAUGUACACUGUCACUUUUGGCUUUUGGUCUGUGCCUUGUUGAUUGUUCAAUCUUUUUGAAGUUUUUUUUUUUUUUCACCUUUUGUCAAACAUGUGAGUUUGAGAUUGUUGAAUUUUUCAAUUUGAAAACAAAAGAGGAAUAAUGAUCAUUCCUGUUUGAUAUCUAGGCAUAAAAUCUUGGCCUUCUCUCUUUGGGCAGGUGAAUUGGUCAGAGCACAUUAUACGUUAUGUAUUCUUUCUGUUGUCGAAGCAGAUAAUUUUACUGUGCUGCUGUUGUUUCUACUUCUAUCUAGAUUCUAAUCUGACAAUCACAACGUUGGUGCACUACAUCUCAGUUCAAAUAAACAAAGAGAAAUUUUAUUCCACAAGUGAAUAGUGGCUCUGCUGUUUUAAUCAGACCCCUGAACACAUUACUGUUUUAGAAAUCCUCUUUUUUUUUUUUUUUUUUUUUUUUUAAAAGCAUAUUGGUUAUAUCAACCGAGGUUGUGACUUUUAACAAGUUUUAUUUUCUGCUCCAUUUACCACCAUUCCAAUAUUUUUUAACUUUCAGACAAUGUGGGAGAUCUAUGUUGUUUAGUGUACCUAUAGUGAAUCCCACCUACCCCUUGUAAUUAACCUUUAAAAAUGUGUUAAAUGAAAUGUGAUUAUCUCCCUUGUAUCAUGAAGUUCUUCGUUCUUGAAUGUUCUCCCCCUCAAUUUGUAACAUAACUAACCUUAAGCUUCUCAGUUGUCAUGCUCUACGAUGUUGAGGAGGGAAAAAAAGCUUCAUUGAAGCUUCGAAGCACAGAGUCACUAUUCAUGUUAUUUGAAUACUGUGUUAAAAUAUAAAAAUCUAUCCCUAUCCUCCACUGUUCAAUAUUUACUAACUAUUCACAGUGCUAUCCACAGAGUGCAAGUUGUACGGGUGCACACACAGUGCAAUAUGAUGAUGUCAUGUCACCUUUCAUAAUGCUUGGAAUUUCGAAUAGGGAAAGAGGAGCUUGUUGCUACAGCCUACUCUUGAUUUCUUGGAUACACAUUUGUUGGGCUUCAAGUGUCAAGUACAAAGUAUUGCUGGAUUUACCUCAAUUAUUUUAGGUAUAAUAUGCUCUUAUUUUACAAUGGAUUGAGAUAAAUAAGAAUGCCUGUAAAAAAUCACGUUACAUUUGAAUGACUCUGCCACACUUCAGAUAGCUGUGAAUUGCGCAAAAAUUGUGAAUAUUGAAUAGUUCGGUCAAAUGGACACAUCUCUACUCUCUUGUUGUGUCAAUUCAGUGUUUGAUUCUCUUUUGAAAGUUAUUGCGGUGUAGAGAAAAAAGUUUCAUAUUGAAAUAUGAUUUUAUACGGAGAAAGGAUAUUUUAAUCUUUCAAAUAGUUGUUGAAGGAGUUAUUUGAUUUUUUUGUUCCAACUUAACUCAACAUUCCAAAUGUGUUUCGAAAGUGACUUCAGUUUACUGACAUACAAGCUACUUUUGUUUUGCAGAAAAUGAGAUGGAGAAUAAUGUGAAGUGAAUAAGAGAUAGCACUGUUAGACUUGAUGCUGUUGCUAUUAUAGUAAAUUGUCAAGAAGGUCAUUCGUAAAAUACUGACAAAGAUUGUUGAAAUCUACCAUGGGAGAAAAAGAAA